UUGACAAAAUGAAAACUAUAUACAUGCAUGCUUUAAUUGAAAAUGCUAUAAUAUGACAUAAAUACUUUUAUCUAGUUUCAUAUCGAUACCUUUAAAACAGUUUUCAAAAUUUUAAAUUUCUGUUUCUUAAAAGUUCAAUUCGAUUUUUAUUUUCAGCUGUGAUGAGCUUACUGAAGAAAUGGAUAUCAGCAAUCUGCGAAAGGUUUGACCCAUAUCAAUUUCAGGGGCCAGUUUUUAUGUUCUACAAGCCGAAAUCUUUUCGUAAACCAAAGUACUACCUCCUAAGAAACGGAGUUAAAAUUAUUCAGCACAAAAAAUUCGACAAAUCGAAAACAACGAUGCUAUACAUCCAUGGAUUUCUGGUGGAUACUAGGGCAUCUUAUAAUAAAGUCGUAAUCAAUGCCUAUCAAUCUCGUCAGGAUCAUAACGUUAUAGCUUUAGAUUGGAGUGUAGGCCCCAAACCAAGUUACUUUAAUGACUCGAUUCCUCACAUGGAAAAGACUGGAACUCUUGUGGCCGAGGUAUUAAUGCAAAUGUCAGUCGCCGGUCUAGAUUUGGAUAAACUUCACAUCGUGGGACAUUCUUUAGGAGCACAAAUGGCUGGGUUGAUUGGUCGUAUCAUCAAGCAAUCGAUGCAUGGCAAACUUGUGAUCAAACGGAUUUCAGGAUUGGAUCCAGCAUAUCCAGGUUUUUAUGGAGAAGAAAUUCAAGGGCUCAGCUCGGCUGAUGCUGAGUUUGUUGAUAUCAUUCAUACGGACGGCGGAUUUCUCGGGGUGCCAGGUUCUAUAGGAACAGCAGAUUUCUUUCCGAAUGGUGGAAACGCACCGCAACCUGGCUGCUGGAAAACACCAGUUAUAGUUCAUGUAUGCAGCCACGCACGUGCAUGGUUUCUCUGGGCAGAAAGUGUAGCCAAUAAAAACCCACAAAAAUUCCUGGCUGUAAGAGCAAAAUCCUGGGAUGAUUUUAAAAUAAACAAAAUUGAGGAAACUAAUUCAAAUUUUAUUAUGGGAAUAAAUUGUCCACCCGGAAUAUCCGGUGAAUUUUACUUGCAAACAAAUAGCAAAGCACCUUUUGCACGUGGUGAGGAUGGCACCCGGUACAUACCUUCAAUAUUUAAAGAAGACGAAGAAAUGGAUACUACCUCUUGGCUAAUUGAGAGAAAGAUGGUGAUCCUGGAAGAUAAAAAACUUGUCAGAUACUGGAAAGAGUUGACUGAAUACGGAACCUCAGGUGUAAUUCAGCAUAAGGCAACAUCUACCAAUCGCCAGGGAUGGAUAAUCUGAAGACUUUACCUCCUUAUAUACAUAUAUAUGCAUAUGUAUAUAACCACAAAGCCCACUUGGUUGUCAAGUAGGACGGGAGUGUUUUAAGAUGUUACUGCAUAUGAUGUCACUAAAGAGGAUUGUCACCCAAAUUAUUAUAUUCGGAAAAUAAUUUACCAAAAUAAAUUA